ACACUCCAAUACUUUUGAAAUCCUCUAACAAACCUUUGAAAAUAAAACUCAACUCCUCCUUUUUCAUUUCACCAUUAUUAAACACCUCAAUUAUGUUGAUUUUGAUUUAUUAGUGAUCCUAAUCAACCUUCAAAUUAAGCUUUGUCAAUGGACAGUACUGAUGUGGAGAAGGUUUAUGUUGCUGUUGGCAACGAUUUGCAAGAUGGAUUCAAGACUUUGUGUUGGACGAUUAGAAAGUUUAAGUCUCAGCCAUUCUCCAUUGUCAUUCUUUAUCUCACCAAUGACAUCUCGAGGGAUCUUGUUUACACCCCACUUGGCUGCAAGCUUCCUGCAACUUCUUUGAGCGAUGAGGUGCUUGCAGAUCGUCAGAAGUAUGAAGAAGGGAAGAUUGAAGAGUUACUUUCCAAGUAUAAAGCUUUCUGUGGCAAGGUGAAAGCUGAAAUACUGAAAAUUAGAAAAUCUGACGAGCCUGUUCAUAAACUGGUGUUAGAUUUGAUCUCAGGACUGAAAAUAACCAAACUUGUCAUGGGAAUUACUUUCAUGAGAUCCUCAUCAGGAUCAGGGAAAUCAAGAAGUGCGAUUAGUGAAUCAUUCUUUGUCCACCUGCACAAACCUGAAUACUGUGAAUUGUUCAUAAUAUGUGGAGGGAAACUUGUGUUCCUGAAAGGAAAUAACGAGGAAGGAGUCAUGGAGGAUGAUCAAGGAGUUACACUUGCAAGAAUGAGAGGCAACUUUAGAAGUAGGAUAACUAAAAUACUCACCGAAAGUUAUUCUAUGGGAAGAACCUUUCGCUUACCAAAUUCACCAAGAAACCCGGACUCCCCUAAUUCACAGAAUAACUGGGAAAAACAUGUCCAGGACAUAGAAAAUUAUUUCCACCAAUUGAUGUCUCUAAACUUAGAAGAAGAAAAUCCUGAAGCAGAAUAUGAAGUUCUGCAGACAAGUUCAAUGGAGGCAAUUUGGGCAGAACGUGAGGAUUCUAAUAUGGCAUGGUCACUUUACAGCCAAUUUCUGUGGAAUAAUAUGAGUGUUGCAGAAAAAAUGGAAUCUUUGAGAAGUAAACUAAACGAAGCUCAGGAGAUGAUCCAGGUGCAGAUAAAAGAGGCGAAAACCCAUUCUGAAAGAUACUCAAAAGCUGAAAGGGCUAUACGUUUAUGUACCAAGAGGGCUGAGGAACUUGAUAGUCUAACAAAAGAAGAGCUGACAAAUCGGAUAGAAAUACAGAAAAGUUUAGAUGAUGAAAAGGAACAACUAUAUGAAGUCACAAGAGAUGUAGAAGAGAGCAAAAAGAGAUUGAGUUCACUUGUUGAACUCCAAUCCGAGCUCUCGAAGAAGCUUCAAUUAUCAACAAUAGCAAAAGGGCAUGCAGAGAAACAAUUGGAGAAAGCGGUGAUUGGGAGGGCGGAAAUGGUUAGAGAGAUUGAGGAGCUGCGACGACAACGAGAUGUUCUUCAUCGUAGAAUCGAGUUUUGUAAAGAGAAAGAUGCCAUUGGAAUGGUUACAAGGUCUAGUUAUGAACUGAUAAGCUGUUGUUAUAAAGAGUAUGCAGCUGAGGAGAUUCGAGUGGCCACUGAUGAUUUUUCUGAACGUUUGAGAUUGAAGUAUGGUGGAGACUGGACUAAUGUGUAUCGAGGACGAAUCAAUUUUUCUUCUGUUGCCAUCAAAAUGCUCAGCUCUGGAUUGUCUCAGGAUGCUUUUGAAGCUAAGGUGAAGUUUCUUACAAACAUCAGGCAUCCUCAUUUGGUUGCCAUAAUAGGUUUCUGCUCGGACCUGAAAUGCAUAGUUUUCGAGUACAUGCACUAUGGUAACUUAAGAGACAUUUUAUUUACUUCUAAAAGGAACUACAGAAAGCAUGGACGGGCCCUUGGGUGGGCUGAUCGGAUCCGCAUUGCUCACGAAGUUUGCUCGGGCCUUGGCUUCCUCCACUCGGCAGAGCCCAGACCCAUUGUCCAUGGCCACCUCACACCAUCAAACAUCCUCCUUGAUCGCAAUUUUGUUGCAAAGAUUAGUGGUGUAGGGUUGGGAAGAUUUAGUGAUCAAUGUGAUGAGAGAUCGGAUGUUCGAGCAUUCGGGGUGCUUUUGUUGCAUCUUUUAACAGGGAGGAAUUGGGCCGGGCUUGUUGAGGAAGCAAUGACGUUGGAUCGGACGACCCUAGUCCAUGUUUUGGAUGAGAUGGCUGGAAACUGGCCCUUGGAUUUGGCAGAGGAAAUGGCUGGGAUAGCAAUGAAAUGUUUGUCAGUAAGCCAAAAGGCCCAUAAAGAUUUGAGGAUUACAAAUGUUAUGAAAGAGCUUGAUGAAUUGAGGAAAAAGGCUGAUGGUUUAACGGCAACAGGAGUUAGUGAGAGGGUGAUUGAUAAAUUUACAAAUAAAGAAGAAGACUCAAGUGAUGUUCCCAGUGUUUUUCUCUGCCCCAUAUUUCAGGAAGUAAUGAAAAAUCCACAUGUAGCUGCAGAUGGAUUUUCUUAUGAGCUGGCAGCAAUGGAGGAAUGGCUAGGAAUGGGGCAUGACAGUUCUCCCAUGACAAAUCUGAGACUUAAGCACAAAUUUCUCACUCCUAAUCUUACCCUUCGUUCCCUCAUUCAAGAUUGGCAUAAUAAAAACCCAACCGUGGCUUCUUAAAAACUUAUACACAAUAGCUUUAUAUUCUCUCUGUAAUUUUUUCUGUUUUCGCUAUUCACAGUAAUUCAUCUGAUUAUUCACAUCA